CAAUAUGCACAUGCAAUCUCGGAAGUAAAUGCUGAACAACCAAUCAUCAUAAAUUUUAUCCAUAUAGCUUCAAUAAUUUCCCCUUACACAAAAGCAAGGACAAGUAAAUCUUACACUAUAGGGGCUUCGUUCACUGCUCACCACGUUGUUUGCUCUCCGAUACCGCUCCACCGGAGAAGGGAGUAAGUGGGUUUGGGCGCCGGUGGAGAAAGAAAGAGGAAAGUGGUCAGGAUUAGAGGAGGGACACUUGAGUCAUUUCACUUUUUCAAUCUUUGACAUAAACUGAUACAACGGAUUUUCACUCUUACUGGCUAACAGAGUGGAAGUGGAUAUCAUAGAAGCAACACGAAUAUGGGAACUUCUCUCUUGAACUUCCCAUUUUCUGUACAAGGAACUAUAUUUUCUCAAAGGAAACAACUAACGCAUCGAUACACAAAUCAGAAAUCAGAGGAGUAUCCAGUUCAAGAUAGCUGUAUACUACAUUCUGCGAGAGCAUUGAGGAGGAAACUUUUGCUUUCUGUUUUGGUUUCAACUGGUGUUUUUCCAACUUUAUCUUCAUAUGGGAAGACAAAGGGUAUUAAUCCGUUUAAUGAAAAACGGUUGCUACAACAAAAUAAGCAGAUACAGAAAGCAAACUAUGCGCCAGAAGACUUCCCAAAUUUUAUUAGAGAAGGUUUUGAAGUUAAAGUAAUAUCAUCAGAGAACUAUAUUAAGUGUGAUUCAGGACUCAUUUACCGAGAUUUUGAAGUUGGUAAAGGUGAUUGCCCAAAGGAUGGUCAGCAGGUCACAUUUCACUAUACUGGUUAUAACGAAUCGGGCCGUCGUAUUGACAGCACUUAUUUGCAGGGUUCUCCUGCCAAAAUUCGCAUGGGUACUAAGGCACUAGUUCCAGGGUUUGAGGAAGGAAUUAAAGACAUGAGACCAGGUGGAAAGAGAAGAAUCAUUAUUCCCCCUGAACUUGGACCACCGGUAGGACCAUCAACCUUUUUCAGCGCAAAACAAUUCGAAGUUUUUGACGUUGAACUGUUAGGUAUACAGAACUGUGAAAGAAGGACUGUAUUAGCCUUUUACUCUGAUGUUGUAUGCAAUUGAGACAAGGCUUCCAUUUGAGCUGUAGGAACUAGAUUAUGAGUUAACUACAUAGAAGCAGUAAACUCACAACCCUUAAGUUUCUUGAUUUGAGGCAAUCAUUAUUCAUCAUUAUCAA